AUGUCGUCAACGGCCUGUCGUUAUCGCCCAGGUCGCCGUGGAGGCGACAAGCUCCAACAGACCCUGCAAAUGCGGCAGCUGCGACAGAGACCGCCUCAACACCAAACACAUCAGCGACUCCAACUGGAAGUGACAACCAUCGAACCUGCGACGCAGGCCGCCACACAGGCAGCGGCGUCUGUCGAGACGCAGACACCGAGUACUCCAGACAACACAGCCGCCUCCAAGGCUGGAAACGGAACAGACAAUGGCGCCGGACAAGCCGCGGGAACAGAGCCGUCUUCUUCUGCACCAGACGGUACCGCGCCUGCUCAGACUGGAAGUGGAACAGAAAACGGAGCAGUCCCGGCCGUGGGCGUCGGGGGAGAUAAUACAAGCUUGUUGAGCAUUCUGACCCAGACCACCAUCCAGCCAGCCAGUCAGGCAGCUGCAGUACCAGAGACACCAGCUUCCACAGCAGACAGCUCUCCAACAACGGAGACCGUCUCAGCGGAGCAGAAUGCAAACACUGCGUCCCAGGCGCCAGGCACGGGGACGGCAAUCCAGCGAAAUACGGCACAACCCGAAACACAAGACCAGCCCGCCUCGACGACCACCGUGCAAGCUCAGACGACCGUCUUCGCGACAUCUGUCGUGACGGCCGAAGUCACCGCCGCCACACCUCCAGCUUCAACAAACUCGGUCCCGCCGGACUCGGAAGCAUCCCCUGCCCCUGCACAAGCACCCGCACCCUCUCCAGACACAGGAGCCCAAGAACCCGAGCCGGCACCCGGCACGCAAUCCAUCACAGUCGUCUUCGUCACCGUAAGUCCCACCUUCACGGGCCCUAUCGGCCGAUACACGACCCUGAGUCCCGACGCAAACGGGAAUGCCGCGACCCCUGCGUCCACUCUGCCCACUGAGGCUCAGUCCGCACCUGCAUCCGAGUCCACAUCCCAGUCCCAGUCCCCGUCCCAGCAAGACCCUCCAACAACCACCUCGUCUUCCGCAACGCUAGUAAGCACCAUCCCGCUAGGACUGGCCAGUAUACCGAACACGCCCGUCACGUCGUCGACCGACGCCACGCCCGCAACGUCGACAGUGACAGUGACACUGCCAUCUACCACCCCGGCCGCCUCAACCGCGUCCGCGGCGGAGACAGCCUCGAUUUCGAGUCCGAGUCCGAGUCCGGAACCCAAUGCGUCAAGUGCCUCGGACGGCCUCGCCGUCGUGCCUGUCACGGUGACGAACAUCCAAGCCGCGGUGACGCAAACCGUCACAGAGACGCAGACGGAGACGGCGCAGAUCACCACCACGGCGACGGAAACGGUGCGAGAGACAGCGACGGUCACGAUCACUCAGAAGCUGUUGAUCACGGCGGGAUAG